GGCAUUUGUAUUUGGACUUCCAGGGAGGGCACACGCGCCGCUCCUCCUCUCACACUCCUCACUUCGCCUAUUGACUCAUAAACUCGCUAAACUAACCCCAAAACUCACUCUAAAGAUGUAAAACUCAAGGAAAAAACAUGAAUUACACCUACUAACCCAUUUUAGGAUCAAUGGACAAGUGUCAGAUAAGGGGGAUAGUGAAAAGACUCCUACCGUUUCAAAACCUCGCUUCGCCGCUUCGGAACAUCCUUCUUCGAACCCCGGGACACUCCACUCGCUCAGUCAUGUCCAGCAAGGUUCAGCCAAGGGAGCACGCCGCCUCCACCACCACCAUACAGAGCAGGGUGGGGCCGGAGAGCAAGUUCUUCGUAAAUAGUAAAGGGAAACAAAUUCACUGUAGCUACUGGCGGCCCGAUGACUCCGUGAGACUGAGGGGCCUGGUGUUCCUGUGUCACGGGUUCGCGGAGCACCUACAAUGGUAUGAAGACUUGGCCCUCCGCCUCACCGCCAGGGGCCUCCUCGCUUUCGGCCACGACCACGUGGGCCAUGGUCGUUCUGAGGGCGUGCGGGGCUACGUGGACACAGUGGACGACUAUGUGGAGGACGUCUUGAGGCACUGCGACGACCUGCGCGCUGGCUACCCCGGGCUGCCCUGCUUCCUGGUGGGGCACUCCAUGGGCGGCAUGAUCGCCAUUCGCACCGCCAUGACCCGCCCGCAGUACUUCAAGGGCGUGGUGCUGAUGGGGCCGCUGAUCCGGGCCAACCCCUCCGAGGCCACGCCCGUGAGGAUCUUCCUGGCCCGCCUGGUGGCCCGUGUGCUGCCCUACGUUCAGGUGGCGCAACUCAAACUGGAACAGGUGACGAGGGACCAGGACGUGAGGACCAGAUUGAAGAAAGAUCCGCUCAGGUACCACGGUGGAGUGCGGGCGCGCUGGGCCAUGGCGGUCGUGGACUCCCUGCUGCGGAUAGAGGAGCAGAUGGACAACGUGGAGUGGCCCUUCUUCAUCCUGCACGGGGAGGCGGACCUGCUCUGCGCCCCCGCAGGAUCCAAGGACAUGCUGAAGAGGGCGGCGAGUGAGGACAAGGAACUGAAGGUGUUCCCGGCAGCCUCCCACAACUUGUACCUCGAAAUGUCCGACGUGCGGUUACAGGCUCUACAGGACACGGUGGAGUGGAUCACAGCGCGUCUCCCCUCCUCCUCCAACUCUACUUCCACCUCCAACUCCACCUUCUCCAAUGCCAAUUCUACAGCCAAUUCCAACUCUACGGCCUCCACCCCCCCACUCCAACACAAGUAGUAUGCUCCACUAACACCUCUUCCACCUCCACCUCCACCUCCCCGGCUUCCACCAUACUACCAAUGCAGCAUAAGUAGUUGUACGUUUCACCACCUCCACUUCCUCCUCCACCAUCAACACCACUAACACCAACACCACCUACUCCACCAACUCCACUUCUACCACCAACACCAACAAAGUCCACCACCUCCAAUUAUACCACCAAAACCGCCUAGUCCACCACCUCUCCACUCCUCCACCAGAAUCUAACACAAGAAAACACCACCACUAACACCACUACAAUUUGCAAGCUACCUCCACCACUACCUCCAGCAACCACCCCAACCACCACCACCCCCACCACCAAGGUACGAUACUUAAGGUUUAGUAAAGUAACACACCUCCGGAAGCACAGGAACAACGGAACACUUAAAUGAAUAGCAGAACUAGUCCCAAACACGUAUAUAGAGGAACACGAGAAACACGAACAAAACGUGUAUCGAUGUAUUCCUUGUAUAAAGUAACUGUAGUGUUUUUUGUUGUUGUUUUGUAUAAUUAUUAUUUAUGGGAUAUUAUUUGUAUAUAUAUUACCUACUACUACUACUACUACUACUACUACUACUACUACUACUUCUUCUUCUACUACAUAAAUGAUACCUUCACCCAUGUUAUUAUUAUUAUUAUUAUUAUUAUUAUUAUUAGGGUUAGAUGGUGUGUAUAUAGAUUGUGAUUUAGAUGGCAUUUACAUAAUCAUUCGUGUGUGUGUGUGUGUGUGUGUGUGUGUGUGUGUGUGUGUGUGUGUGUGUGUGUGUUCGUUCUUUACCUGUCUUUCUCACCUUUGUGUAAUUAAUAUAAAUAGUCUCACCUCUUUCUUGUUGUUCUCCUUCUCUCUCUCUCUCUCUCUCUCUCUCUCUCUCUCUCUCUCUCUCUCUCUCUCUCUCUCUC